CUCGCGCAGCAACUCGUCGAGAAGCGCGGCCUGGCCGCCCACGACCCCAAGCGCACGCUGCGCAUGAGCGCCUACGGGGGCCUGAUCUUCGGGCCCGCCGCGACGACGUGGUACGGCCUGUUGACGCGGCACGUGAACUUUGCGUCCAAGAACGGGACGAUUGUGGCGAGGGUCGCGUGCGAUCAGUUGUUGUUUGCGCCGGUGAAUAUGGGCCUCUUCCUCUCCUCCAUGGCCUACCUCGAAGGCUCCUCGAUCCGCGACCGCCUGGGCGCCGCCUACGUCCCCGGCCUAACCAAGAACUUCAUGGUCUGGCCGUGGGUGCAGUUUGUCAACUUCAAGUACGUGCCCGCCGACCUGCGCGUGCUGGUCGUCAACGUCAUCUCGCUGGGCUGGAACUGCUAUCUGUCGUUUCUGAACAGCGGGGGGAGCAGCAAGGUGGAGCAGGCCAAGCAGGUGGUGAAGGAGAAGGUGCAGACCGGUGGGAGCAGGGAGGGGGGGGAGCUGCCUCCUUCGUAG